UCUUCCUCUAGCCCAAACCUUUAAGAGGAGAGAAACAUAAUUAUUUAGACUACGUUAUAUCUUCUUCUUGAGCUUGGACAAUCUGGAGAAGCCAUGAAUCACAAACCAUGUGCAACCUUUACAUAGAUGGAAGCUCAUUUUCUAAAAACUUCGAUGACUUUGACUCUAUUCGCAGCGUUCUCCUGCACAGUGAUUUGGAGCCUGAAUGGCUUGAUGACAUCCAGAAGAACGGAGAGCUUUUCUAUCUGGAGCUGAGCGAAGGAGAAGAAGAUUUAGCACUGACCCGGGCUAACGCUCAUCAACAAGUGUCCACUAACCAUGUCCGAUUCAGUGACAAGGAAGCUGAAAUCCUCACGGAGCAACACAAAAAACAACACAGCAGUUCUCGAGCUAAAGGGACUGCGACGCUUAAGAGACUGGCUAAAAUACUGAGGAGGAAGCGCAGGUCCACUCUCCGAAAAGGCAAAGAUGUACCAGCGUCUAUUCUGAAAAACCAGUCUGGGCACCGACAAGGAGGGACUGUCCAGAAGCAGCUUAAAGAAGUUUGUGUUUACCUCAAUCCAAAACGCCUCUCCGCUUCAUCAGUGCCCCUGUUUGAAGAUGGGGGGCUGUUGGAGGCCUUGCUGGGGGUCAUCCAUCGCCCGUCCUGGGACUCUGAGGGCAUGAGACGAGAGGACAGGCUCACGGUACACGGGCUGGUCCCAAACACUCCUGCAGCCAAGUGUGGAGAUAUACUCAUAGGGGAUGUGCUCGUUGCCAUGGACGAUGUUGAUGUGAACUCUGAAAACAUUGAGAGGGUUUUGUCCUGUAUUCCUGGACCCACACAGGUGAGGUUGACACUGGAGACCUUGAUUCCUGUGGACAGUGCUGGAGCUGACGAGGCGUUCGUGGCCCGUAGGAUGAAAUCGUCUCCUCCGGUCAGUCAGCUGGUGCGUCUGCUGUGGGGGGAGGACACAGCAGAGUUACAGAUGUCCAUUGAACACAUCCCUCACAUCGUCAUGUACCUGUCGCUCAAACUGGACUCUGCAUCUCCACAGGAUGAGGAGGAGAUUUUGUACCAGUACCCAGUGUCUGAAGCAUCCCGCCAGCUCAAAGGAGUCAGGGGAAUCUUUCUGACGCUGUGUGACAUGUUGGAAAAUGUCACGGGAGGACAAAUACUCAGUUCGUCUCUGCUCCUCGGGAAACAUCUGGUGCAUGUGGGCUACUGGAAGGAGAACAACAACCUGCUGGUGAUCGGGCUGCCUGCUGAGAGGGUUCCUCUGCUGUACCUGCAGACUGUGAUGGGAGACGUUGUGAGGACACUAAAAGUGAUGUACAGCUCUUUGGACAGUGCGUUCCUUGCGGCAGACCACACUCCUCGCCUGGACCACUUCUUCUGCCUGUUCUUCCAGCAGCUCAUCCAGCCGUCCCGUCUCCGCGAGGGGCACCCUGCUCCCCCUGUGGACACCUCCAGGACACUGUUUUUGGAUGGACUCCCUGCUGUACGAUGGCUCACUUUGCCUCCAGAAAUCAAGAUGGAAGUGGACACUGUUCUCUCAGACUUUGAAUCCUCAGACUUUGGAGAAAUGUCUGAAGAUUAUUUUGGUUUGCGGAGGAUGUAUGUGAUCCUUGGCUCCUGCUUGUUUUAUAAGUCGUAUCUGAUUGCUAACCACUUGCCCAAAGAGGACCUUCUUGAUGUGAGCCUGUACUGUCAGCACUACCUGCUGCUGCCCCUGUCCUGGGAGCAGAGGGUGGGGCAGCUGGUGGUCUGGAGGGAGGUGUUUCCACAGCAGAGAGCCACAGCUGCACCCGGAUUCAUCACGCAGCAGGGACGUUACUUUCUACUCAUCGUAGGACUGAGACACUUUAUGCAGUGUGUGCUGUUGGAGUCUGGGGGCUGUGCUUCACCUGCUGUGGGAUGUCCAGGACCAGACUCUGUUUAUGUUGACCAGGUGAAGGCAACUCUGCUGCAGCUGGAGGAGUUGGAGGGCGGCAUCGAGGAGCGACUCAGUGCGCCUCCAGCUCCAUGUCUGUCCUGUGCAGACUGGUUCCUCCCGUCUUCUUCCUCCUCCUCCUCCUCAGCUCGGGAACGCCUCGACAGCCUGGCCUCUUCCUCCCCUGUCCUCAGCAAACUCGUCAAAGGCUCCUCCUCUUCGGGAUAUAGGGGUCGUAGUCUUUUUGGGGAGAGGUCCCGGAGGCCGAGCCCACAGAGGAGCCUCUCGGACAGUGGGAGCGAGGGGCCGGAUGGGGGGCUGGGCUUUGGGACCUCCAGGACACGGGGGCUCAGUCCACACUCCACCCCAGACUCGGUCAGGGGAAUCGGGGCAAGACGCGACUCUCUGGGGUCUGGAGGGUCUGAAGGCAGUGGAGGCAGCGGAGGAUUGUUUAAGAGUCCCAGGACAAAGCACCCAAACCCAUUUCACCUCGGCACUUUGAAGAAAACUCUGACUGAGCGAGAGACGGAAGACAUGCACAACAUGAAGCUGAGCAGUGGUCCUGAUAACACUCUGUUUCACUUCCUGCUCAUGGACAAUGUUCGGGGGGUGUUCAUCGCGCCCUCUCACAGAGACGUGUCCCUCCUCAGUGGCUCCAUUCACCCACAGCUCAUCACAAACUUCCACCACUGCUGCCUGUCCAUCCGCCACGCCUUCAGACAGAGCCUCCCAGCGAAGGGCAGACGGGGUUCCGGCAGGCCUCAGAGCGCUGGGUGGGGCCUGGGUCCAGUGAAGGAACAUGGGGUUCUGUUCCAGUGUACACCCCCAAACUGGACCGACCAAAAGAAGCCCCCGCCCACCAUGACGUACUGGGUCAUAGGGAGGAUGCUGCUGGAGCCGGUUCCUCAGGAGUUUUACGUUUGUUUUCAUGACUCUGUCCCUGAGGUCCCGGUGGAAAUGGCCUUCAGACUCUCAUUUGGACUAAACUUGUGAGAAUCGAGUUUGACAAGACAAACUACAUUCAAGAAUCACUCAGGAAAAUAUUAAAGACUUAGGUGCUGGAAAGGGCUGGAACUAUUUUCUUUAAUGACGCAAUAUGGUCCAGUAUGGUAAUGUAAACUGAGAUGAUCAAGGUUGUUUCAGAACUUAAAGGAGCUGUACCUGAAUUUUACUGUCUUAAAACAUGUUUGCAGUGGUUACUCCUCACUUACUUGAGUUUCUAAGCGCUUUUAAUUUUCAGAAAGCUAUAAGAAGGGACUACAGAGAUUGUUACCAUGGUAACCCAGAGUAAAGAAUGUCCAGUUCCAGCAAACCUACAUUAUUAUUAUUACAUAUUAUAUGACAGUAAAAUACUUUAUAAUUAUAUCCAGACAGUACACAAUUCAGUGGACAUAUGGACAUAUUUUGACCUCAAGAGCUGCUUAAAAAAAUUACUGUUCUGGGGCAAAUACAUGAAAAAAACAAACUUUACUUUAACUCUAGUACUGUACUGCCCAAUGGGAAAUAAUACAUAUUGUAUAUAAACUGAUGUUAUUUAUUUAUAUAUGUAGUUUUUUUACACAUUGGCAUAAAAAGUAGUUCAAAUAUGAAAUCUAAUAUUGUGUGGCAAGUUUACAUUAAAAAAAGAAAUCUAGUUUGUGCCUUUUUUUUUUUUACUUAUUCCUCAGCAUUUCUAUGGUUUAAACCUGAAAUAUAAUUUGAGUUAUGAACACAAAAGCGGCCUUUUUAAAUCAAAUAUUGAAGUUGACAAAUAUUAGUUAUUAAAUACCUCGUUUUAUUUGUGGCAUUAAGCAAGCAUAAGGUACCCACUAUCAUUUAGCAUUUCCUGAUUGUUACGAGCCUUACAAAGCAUUUAUGGUCAGUGCUACUAAUGAAAAUACUGUGUAAAAUAAGCAGCUAUUAUUGAUGCAGUAAUGUACUUGAGAAUGGCAUUUGUUAAUUUUUUUUACAACUUUGACAAAUAAAUGU